AACAAGCUAGUGUGUCACCCAGUUAAAAAUUCGCGAACAAAUUAAACAAACUCAAAAUGAAAUUCCGAUUAGUAUUUCUGGUGCUGUUAAUAUUUACAGUUCAUAAUGUUUGGACUCGAGAUGUACGUUCAGUUUUUGGUGCUAUUUUCGAAUACAAACUUCCCGCAAUCAUGUCGAACGAACCAGAACCGGAAGCUGAAAAUGUGCAAACUAGUGUGCCGGAAGACGAGGACAAUCCGAGUGUGCCGUUCGCAAUAUCCGAAAAAGAAUUUACCGCACUCAGAAUCGAGUACAUCAAAAAUCAGAUUCUGAAGAAGUUGAGGCUCAAGGAAAUGCCCACCAGCACCAUCGAUGAUCUACCUAUUCCACUUAAAGAGGACAACUUUUUACCUCAAGCUGAUGAUAAUCUCAUUGGCAGCGACGAUUUUUAUGGAAAAACCACCCAGGCCAUCAUUUUUCCCUCGGAAGAUGAAGCCAAAUGUUUAAAAAAGAUCCGUGUCCCUUCGGCUUGCCUACCUUUCCAAAUGCCCAACGACAUUUACACCUCAGACGUGAGCUCAGCCGAAUUGUGGUUCCACAAAAAGGAGGACAUCUUAGACCAACACAACCAAACCUUCGUCAUCUCCGAGGUCGCCCACUGGGACACGAACAAGAGCUUCCAAAAGACCAAACCCAUCGCCAUCCAAGAGACCCACCUGAAAGGUGGCUGGCUCAAAGUGGACGUAACCUACAUAAUAAAAAACUGGCUGGAACUGCAAGAUUCGCCCACCCACGCCAUAAACAUCGCGUGCAAAACGUGCGGAAUGGACAAAACCAAGUCGCCCAUCUCGUUCAACCCCAACCUGAAACCGUUCCUGGUGAUUUACACGCACUCGAGAAGCAGGAAGUCGGUGCACAGACGUCCAAAGCGUUCGCUCACCUGCGAGGCGGGCGUGAACGAGUGCUGCAGGGAAAGUCUGUACAUUUCGUUCGCCGAAAUCGGCUGGGACAACUGGAUCAUCAAGCCGGAAGGGUACAACGCGUAUUUCUGCAAGGGUUCCUGCAUAUCGCCGGCCGCCCUCACUCUAAGCGCCAACGCACACAACACCGUACUCAGAAAGUUGAUCAACGGUGAGUCGAGGCAGCGGGGCAACCGACCGGAAAUCACGCCGUGCUGCGCCGCCACACAGUACCAGCAGCUGCAGCUGGUCUACAAGGUGAACACGACAGUAAGCACGAAAAUCUUGCCGAAUAUGAUUGUGGAGUCAUGCGGAUGUUUCUAGUGAAUAUGUCCGUGUUAGUGAUUCUCCAGAACAGUAUUUUUACUCUAGUGAUAUCCGGUGUAAAGAGGAAAUGUUAAAUCGACGUUUUGUCGGUUUGUUAUGUAAACAUGUUUGCCACACUGAGACUUUCAGUUAUUUUGAAAGUUUUUCAGUGGUUUGAUGUCGAUGAAUAUUAGAAAAAUAUUAUUUCCGUUGUAUGUCAGUACGAUUUUCGUUUAAAUGUUUUAGGUUCAUUGCCCAAAUGUGUUCAUAUUUUUUUAAUAUUCAGAGCAUGCAAUCGUAACAUUGUGUGAAUGUGAUAAUUUAUUUAUUUUUUUUCGACUAAUAUUGUAUUAAUUUUGUAUAUAUUCUAUUUAUUUAAUUUGUAUGUUAAUUUUUGUAAUCACAUUAUAUAAUAUAAAUGUUUUUUAUU